AAAAGAGCCCACACCUCAUAUAAAACGCAGAGCGAACCCUGGUGUUAGGGUACAACAAAAAAAUUACGGGACCUUGCUCCUCGUCAGACAGUUGAAAACUCGGGCGCAGGAAUUUGACGACUCUCACUGCGAAUCUGGAGAGCCCUCGCUCGCGAAGGAGGCAAUCUGUAUUGCAGCAAUGGGGGAAAGUGGGAAACGAUAUCGUAACCAGAGGGAUUAUGAUGGCGACAGUAAGAAUCAGAAGAGACGGUUUAAUGACAAAAAUGAAAAAGGAAAUGACGAAUUGGUUGUUUAUAGAAUCCUAUGUCCAGCUAAUGUUAUAGGAAGUGUAAUUGGUAAAAGUGGAAAGGUGAUCAAUUCCAUAAGACAAGAGACGGGAGCAAAAAUUAAGGUGGUGGAUCAAUUUCCGGGUGCCAAGGAUAGGGUUAUAACAAUCUACUGCUAUGUUAAGGAGAAGGAAGAUGUCGAUGUUGAUGAUGAAUUCAAUGACAAAGAGCCAUUAUGCUCUGCUCAGGAUGCGCUUCUUGGGGUUCAUGCUGCCAUUUCUAAUGCAGUUUAUACUGCUAGGGAAGCUGACAAGAAACACAGAGACAAGGAGGAAUGCCAGAUUCUCGUGCCAUCAAGUCAGUCUGCAAAUAUCAUUGGAAAGGCGGGGGCAACAAUAAAAAAGUUGAGAAGCAAGACCAGAACUAGCAUCAAGGUUACAGCCAAGGACACUAAUGACCCAACUCAUGCAUGUGCAAUGGACUUUGAUAACUUCCUUCAUAUAAGUGGUGAUUCAGAGGCUGUGAAGAAGGCAUUAUUUGCAGUUUCUGCAAUCAUGUAUAAGUUCUCACCAAGGGAAGAGAUUUCUCUGCUGACGACCAUACCAGAUGCCCCUCCCAGCAUUAUUAUACCCUCAGAUGUCCCUAUUUAUCCUCCAUCUGGGUUGUAUCCUAAUACAGAUUCUCUGAUUUCUUCUAGACCACUUUCUUCGAUUUUAGGUGCCACACAUGUUCCUGAUCUUCAGGGUUUUGGGGACACAGGGAAUACCUGGCCUGUUUAUUCAUCUGCCCUGCCCGUUGCCCCUGGUUUUGGUGGUCCCUCGCGAUCUGAGGAGUUAAUUAUAAGAGUUUUGUGCCCCUUUGACAAGAUUGGGCGUGUCAUUGGCAAGGGAGGGGGUACCAUUAAAAGUAUAAGGCAGGAUAGUGGUGCGCAUGUUGAGGUCGACGAUACUAAACAUGAUCGAGAUGAGUGUGUCAUUACCAUCACUGCAACGGAGUCGCCCGAUGAUUUGAGAUCGAUGGCAGUUGAAGCUGUGCUGUUGCUUCAAGGGAAGAUAAAUGACGAAGAUGAUUCUACUGUUACUAUGCGGCUUCUUGUUCCAUCUAAAGUUAUUGGGUGUAUUAUUGGAAAAAGUGGUUCAGUUAUAAAUGAAAUUCGCAAGAGAACUAAAGCUGAUAUUCGCAUAUCAAAAGGAAAUAAGCCUAAGCGUGCUGACAUCAAUGAUGAACUUGUUGAGGUGGUUGGGGAGGUGGCUAGUGUUAGGGAUGCACUUAUCCAGAUUAUUUUGAGGCUCAGAGAUGAUGUGCUGAAGGAUAAGGAUGGGCACCGUAAUUCUUCUAUUGCUGCUGAUUCUCUAUCUUCUGGUGGUACUGGUAUUUCAAUGCCAUCUCUUUUGUCCUCUGUUCCACCAGUUGCACCAUUGGGUUAUGAUCAGAGGGCUGAAUUUGGAAGUGGAUUGGGACUGCUUUCUUCGAGCAACUUCUAUGGAUAUGGAUCUUUGUCAUCGGUGGGAGAAAAAGGCUAUGGUUCUGUGUCUUCAUAUUCAUCCAAACUGUAUGGAGGUUUGCCUACACCUUCGGCGCUUGAGAUGCUGGUCCCUGCUAAUGCAGUGGGCAAAGUACUGGGUAAAGGAGGAGCAAAUAUAGGCAACAUUAGAAAGUUAUCUGGAGCAAUGAUAGAGCUUUCUGAAACCAAAUCUGCUUGGGGUGAUCGAAUUGCUCUUAUAUCUGGCACACCUGAGCAGAAGCGGACCGCUGAGAAUAUGAUUCAGGCACUUAUAAUGGCCACCUGAGUGCUAAAGACAGUUCCUGAUAUCUGAAGGUCUUUGGAUGGUUUCCUUGCUCUUCCUGGACAGAAGAUGAUGAUAUAGGUAGAAGUUCUCCUAGCAUAGGGUUGGGAAUACCCUGUUUAAUGUGUGUAUAAAUUUAUCUUGCCUCCGAUCAAUCCUAUGCUCUUCCGAAAGGACUUGAUUUAGUGAAAGGACUCGUAGAAAUUCAUCUUACCUCAUUUUUUGAUACGUUACAUUUGUUCGUGAAAGGACUUGAUGCAGUGACGUCGCUUUUUAUUAUCUGGUCCUUCCUCUAUAGUACUAACUGAUAAUGUUGAGAUGAAAUCACUUUUUUCAUCUCUUGUUAUAAGUUGUUUCCUAAUGUUCUAUGAAACUCAGUUUUUGUCUUCUAUGUUCUUAGUUGAAAUGGUCAUAUGGUCCAUCCAGCAAACAUCAACACAGCUUAUAUUCCGAGACACGAUCUCUUUUGAAUGAAAUAUCCCUAUGCCCUUUUUUAGGUUUAUCAAAAUCAGUAACAGCUGCCCUUCCAGUUUUGUUUUCCCAGCAUUGUCAAUAUUCUCUUUGUUAUCUUCAUCAAUGUUCACUUCCCUCAGCCCAAAACCGAAUUCAAAUUCACUCUUUUUGCUAUAUACCUUAUGGCACCACAAAACGGGUAAAUUUCGAGACAGUAUAGUUCUUUUUGCUAUUGUAGAGUUCAACUAUUUCUAAUCUGAAACCCUCUUAUUUAUUCCUGCCUCAAAAAAUGUAUUCCGAAGCAAGUAAUGGUCAAUACUGCAAUGCUUGACUUAUUGAAAGUUCUGGUUGCCUGUCUAUUUGUGGAUCGUCGUAUAAAUCUUUCACAAUAAUGUACACAUGAUCUUACUAAGCAAGCUCUGCUGAACAUAGACUGAUGACUUUUCCUGAUGAAGGGAGCCUUUCAGUAAGUAUGGUAUCUGGUCUUUUCAUCUAUCUUAACUAUGCCUUCACAGAAUACGAUAUAGGAAUGCAUAUCCUUCCCUUUCACUCUCUGAUUCUCACCCAUGACUUGUCCGCGCAUCUGAGUCCCAAUGGCGAUGGGUCUGAUGAAAAGUUUUCUUCUUUUAUGGGCGAAUAGUUGAUUUAUAUCAUUGCAGUAUUGAUAUGCAGUAGAGGCGGAACAGUUUUAUGAAUACGGUAAUGCAUUUGUUGAUGUACAUGUAAAUGAGCAAAGAAUGUUUUGCUGCAAUAUAUUUCUCAUGUCUAAGCUGAUGAUUAUGCCUUUACAGGGCAUGUAUGUUUUUGAACUUUUACGUGUAUUUUACCUUAAAUCUGAUUGAUGAAAAAGAACCCCCUUGUAAGCAUUGUCGAAAAUGUGUAGUGGAAGGUGAAAAUUCGUGGUUCUGUGCUAUGGAA